AUGAGCAGCAAGUCUCCCCGGUACUGGGAUCUUUGUGAGAUUGCUGCAAACGGGAUGGCGCCUCAUGCUCUCGAAGAUCCGGUCCAAGUGACAACCUCCCGGAAUGGAUUUGAGCCGUCGUCGAACGAACUGUUCAAAAUUCAUACAUCUGCGCAACCUGCCCAGCCAGAAAGAGCACCGCUAAGAACGAUAUUCCCCUAUUUGGAACUUGAAGACCACCCCAUCGAUGAGUAUCCUAGUAUCAAAGUAAUUGUUGUCGGCGCAGGCCCAGCCGGUAUCACCACUGGAGCCUUGCUCACGCACAAAGUGCCUGGGCUUGAGAUUGUUAUCUACGAGAGAUAUCAAGACGUGGGCGGAGUAUGGAAUGCCAAUAUCUACCCUGGGGUAAGAUGUGAUGUACCAUCCGACGUGUAUCAAGCAACAUUUGCACCAAAAACCACAUGGUCAUCCAACUACGCCCGAGGAGCAGAGAUCAAGGCAUAUUGGAAAUCUGUCGCUGAUAAAUACGAUCUGCAACAAUUCAUCAGAUUGAAUCACCGCGUUGUCGACGCUGAGUGGUCUCCGGCUGUAGCGAAGUGGGUGGUCCAAGUGACGCACAAUGGGACAACCUUCACCGAUUCCGCAGACUUCCUUGUAACUGCUACUGGUCACUUCAGUGAUCCGAGGCUCCCUAAGUAUCCCGGUCUUGAAACAUUCCAAGGUCAUCUGAGACAUACGUCCCUGUGGGAUCCAAAAUUCGAUCCGACCGGGAAGAAGGUAGCGCUGAUAGGCAAUGGAGCUAGUGGCCUUCAAGUGCUUCCUCAGCUUCAGAAGGUCGCCGCUCACGUAGAUCACUAUGCUCGUAGUCCGACCUGGAUUGCUGGUUCAUUCGGAGGUGAGCAAAUACCUCCUUCGACUUCGGACGAACGGGAACUGGCGCCACAGGAGCCGGAGGAAUACAACAACUUUCGAAAAUCGGUCGAGGCUAAAAGUUACACUCGGUUUGGUACUAUCUUCAAGAAUGGCCAAAAGAGUGUUCAAGCACGGGAAGACUUCACAAAGUUAAUGGCUCAUCGUCUCGACGGAAGAACCGAUCUGUUGAAGGCAGUGACGCCGGGAUUCUCUCCCAACUGCCGUCGGUUAACACCAGGGCCCGGGUAUCUCGAAGCGCUUGCUCAACCGAAUGUGGAAUAUAUCAACACCAAAAUCUCUCACAUCACUCCCACGGGCAUUGUGACAACCGAUGGAAUUCACCGGGAAGUCGACGCGAUAUUAUGUGCCACAGGCGCAGACAUAUCGUUCACAACCGCAUUCCCUAUCUACGGACCCAAAGACUUGCCUCGGAGAGCACCAAAGGAAGGGACAUUCACAAAUCUACAGGACAAAUGGCGUCCACCGGGGUUCCCCGACUCGUAUCUCGGACUCGCUGCGCCAGACUACCCCAACCUCUUCCUACUCCUGGGACCCAAUUCGACCGGCCCGGGCGGAACUCUUCCUCACAGCCUUGAGAACCAGGUGACGUACCUGGCAAAAGUCCUCCGCAAAGUCCGCACCCAGGGCAUCCGGACAAUCCAACCAUCCUGGGCAGCAACGCGUGAUUUCCGCGCGUAUUGCGAGUCUUUCUUCCCAAAAACCGUGCUCUCCGAGCAAUGCUCGUCGUGGUACAACGGCGGACUUGUUGGCGGACGGAUCCACGGCAUCUGGCCCGGCUCAGGAACACACCUGAACAUCGUGCGGAGAGAAGUCAGGUGGGAGGACUUUGAAUACACGUACAGGAACCCGCAAGGCAAUCGAUUCACGUACUUCGGGAAUGGAUGGAGUGUCAAGGACAAGAUCGCGGCGGAGAGUCAGGAGGGUGAGGAUAGUGUGGAUUUCUCACCGUACCUGCGGAAGGAGGCCGUGAAUGGAACGCUGGAUCUGAGAGGGUUGCAUGAGGAGUGGUGGGAGAUGGAAAAUGAGUCGACUGUAGCACCUUCGUGA